UACAAACAUCAAUCACGAGGUAUCUAGCUAUUGUGCAUGGCGUCUCAUCACAGGUUCUCUGAUAAUUACAUGGUGCUUAGACCAGAAAAUGUGAGUUUUUUCAAUAUUUUCGGCAUCCUAUUGAACAAUGACCUGGAGAAGAAAGCAUUCGUGCACUACCCCAGCGGAAAGGAAGAAAAUCUUCCUCGCAACUUGCGCAUCUUUGUCUCUCUCUUUGCGCAGAAGCUUCUGCAAUCUCUGGCCAACCCAACGUCAAAGCUUGGAUCAAGGUUUGAGAUGUGGCUGAACCUCGUCUCCUGUAAUCGCAACAGUUUUCUGCUCUUGCUAAAUGCUUUACGAGGUAAGGUGGUGAUGCCUGUUAAAGAAUCCAGAACGUUCUUGUCGACUUUGGGAUUUAUGGACCAGCGUGUGCAUUUGGACAAGAACAUCAAGCCUGGGCAUUGCAGAUACUACAGUGCACUAGCUGUAAUGGCUGCUAAGAUUUCAUAUGAGAAUCGGGCCUUUGUCGAAAAUGUUGUCAGAGAUCACUGGAAGAUGGAAUUAAUUGGACAUUUCAACUUUUGGAACGAUUUUCAAAAGAAACAGACGACUAAAGCUAUCAUGUUUCAUGACAGAAGUGCAAAUUCUGAUAUAAUCGUCGUGGCCUUUAGAGGCACUGAACCCUUUGAUACAGAUGCAUGGUGUACUGAUUUUGACAUCUCCUGGUACGAGCUUCAUGACAUGGGAAAAAUUCACGGCGGCUUCAUGAAAGCAUUAGGGUUGUUAAUGUACAGAGGCUGGCCGCCGCCGGAAGAAUUUGAACAGGACGACCAUAGCUCUACACCAUUAGCUUAUUACACGAUAAGAAAGUUGCUGGUAGAACUUCUGAAACAAAAUGAAAGAACAAAAUACAUAUUGACUGGCCACAGUUUGGGUGGGGCCCUCGCAAUUCUAUUCGUAGCCGUUCUUGCAAUGCAUGAGCAGACAGAACUGUUAGAGAGAUUGGAAGGCGUGUAUACAUUUGGACAGCCUAGGGUUGGAGAUGAAGGCUUUAAGAAGUUCAUGGAAAGUAAACUGCAAGCUUACAAUAUCAAAUAUUUGAGGUUCGUGUAUUGCAACGAUGUCGUUCCCAGGAUGCCCUUCGACAAUUCAAGAUUUUCGUUCAAGCAUUUUGGGACAUGCAUCUACUACGACAGCAAGUACAAAGGGCAGGUGUUAGAAGAAGAACCAGACAAGAAUUAUUUUUCGCCAUUUGGAGCAAUACCCAGGUUUGUAAAUGCUGUGUGGGAGCUGUUAAGAAGCUUUGUUUUGCCAUGCGUGAAGGGAGCAGAGUACUCGGAAGGUUGGUUUCUUAAGAUGAUUCGGUGGUAUGGACUCAUACUUCCUGGUUUAUCAGCUCAUAAUCCACAAGAUUAUGUUAACCUCACUCGUUUGGGAUCUGACUCUUUAUAUCUUCAACUUCAACAGCAAGAAUCUGUUUAAAAGAAGUUGAUUGAUAAUCAAUUGAUUUUUCUUUCCCAAAUUCACUUUAUGAUUCUAGUGCCACGUUUAAACCCAACAAUCAUUAGAUUCAUUACUUGCUCUUGAGUUAGGGAGCAUUUGGACUAGAGGUUUGAUGCAACUGAUGUAGGUUUCAUAUCCAACCGCUGCUCUGUAUUUGUUUAGUGAACUCAUCAAUCAGCUGCCAUUGUUUUAUAUAGGAAAAAUUACUGUAUUAUCCCUAUAGUUUAGGAAAAUCCACUACUUGGUCCUUAAAUUUUUAAAAAUAUAUUAAAACAUCCCUCACAUUUAAA